AUGAUCAAUCACUAUCAGUCAAUUGAAGUCACUGAAAACAUCAUGAGUGAAUCAUCAACAUCGAAUUCAAACAAAGAAGAGCCUUCUUCUUCGAGUGCGAAUCAAACUGGCCAAUUCGCACGUAGUCGCUGGUCACAUGUUCUCGCUCUCGCUGAUCAACUUCGACAUAACACUGAACUUCACAAGAAUGAACAACUACGCAAAUAUGCUUUUGAUUUACCAGCAAAGGAAAAUUCGCAAACAUCACCCGUCCCUCAUGCAAACGAUUUCAAAGCAUUCGAAAAUGAACUUCUAUUUGCCAAGACUGGAAAUUUCAACUUAGAUAAUCUUAGCGAAAAGUUUAUCGAACUGAAACGUACAUUCAAUCAUAUGCUGGAAUUGAAUAAGAACAACGUCGAACAAGUUCGAUUGGCAACUUCGAUAACCAAAACUGCGUUAUUGAUGAUCCUACGGGCAAUUGAAUCGAUUAUUGAAGUCGCGAGUAAAUGCGUUUGGAAAUUUCCGAACUUAAAUUCACUGAUAUCUUACAUACGUUCACGUCAAACUGAAUUACCGAUCGAUGGUCGACUUUUAGUUGAUUGGUACAAUGCUUCGCAUAUUCUAGAUCUACUGAUCAAUGAUCCGGAUUGGCUGGUUCAACCUCGAAAGGCAUAUUGGGCUAUGCAAGUUUGUGAUGAAACAUUAAUGUGGACACGCGGAGUUUUCAAUGAAAAUUUUCGCACGAAAUCGAGUCAACGACCUGUAUUCGAUCGAGAAGAUAGUGUUUGUGUCCCUGAUGUUAAACAAAAUGAUAUGAACGAACUAUAA